AUGGCACCGCGCAAACAGCCCCUCCUUCCACUCAACCUAGUUGAAGCAACCUUCAUGCUACCCGAGAUUUCUGCACUCCUUUCAAUGUCCAACCUCAUCAGUUCACGCACCCAGCAGCUUCAGAAACAAGACAAUGACCUUGCAAUUGCUCAUCAACACCUUCUCAACAGCCAUCUCACAUCAAUCGAAGCUGCCUCAAAUGCAAAAUGCAAACCUCAUUAUUUUGAACCUAUGGUCGUUGUUUCAUGGUCUCAAGGCAGCUCUUACAGACUCGCAGAAGUCGAUGGCAGCCUUUUGAAGCUGAAGUUUGCUGCUUUCCAUCUCAUUCCUUACCACCCACACUCUCGGACUUCAAUCAAAGUCACUCAGUAUAUCGACCCUCAAAGCCUAACAGGCAUCAUACCAGACAAUGAAUAG